AGAGAACCUUACAAGAAAACUACAUUGGGUAUGAAUGUUUGCUUUUAAAACUAGGGGACCACAAUAACAAGGUGCAAGAUAAAAAAUGGAAGGAAACUGGAAAAAGCGAAACAAACCUCAGAAUGCUCCACAAAUUCCUUGCAUUCACAUCCCUCCCUCUGCCUCUGCCUCCUCCCUACUGAAGGACCUAAACCAAGGGCAGCGGCGCUACUUCUACAGCAUCAUGAGGAUUUAUGAUUCCAGGCCCCAGUGGAAGGCCCUGCAGACCCGCUACAUCCACAGCCUUGGGCACCAGCAGCAGCUAGGCUAUAUUACUCAGCAGGAAGCCUUGUCCUGUGCUGCUGUACUUAGCGAUUCAACAAGGCAAGCCUCAGCCAAGGGAACUCCUCAAAGGACCAUUCCCAGGAAGUCUUCAGCCAUAAAAAGAUGUCUACCAGCCAAACCAGAGCCUGCAGUUGAACCCAGGGCUCCCAGCACAGCUCACUGAGCAUGAGGACCUGAGGCUGUGCAUAAUUUCUGAAAUAGGCAGCUUGUCCAUGUAUUCCAGGCAUCUAGUGUGUGCUUAGUGUAUAUUUGUGGAAUGACAAUGAAUAAAAGAUUACUAAUA